UGUGUGUGUGUGUGUAUGUGUGUGUGUGUGUGUGUGUGUGUGUGUGUGUGUGUGUGUGUGUGUGUGUGUGUGUGUGUGUGUGUGUGUGUGCGUGCGGCUGCAGUCAGUGUGACGGCCGUCGGCAUCAUGGCAGCGUUUCUGAUCGCCAUUGGCCUCCUCAGAUGUUUCCUUCAGGUCCACGGAGACGUGUUCCGUGUAGAACCUGAAGCCCUGGGCGGGUUCCUGCGGUCCAAGCGAGCCAACCAGUUCCUACUGGAGGAGAUCCUGCAGGGGAACCUGGAGAGGGAAUGCUACGAGGAGAUGUGCAGCUACGAGGAGGCUCGAGAAUACUUUGAGGACACGACCCAGACGAUCAAGUUCUGGACCGUUUACUACGAUGGUGACCAGUGUGAACCCAACCCCUGCCUUCAUGGAGGAAACUGUACCGACAUGGUGGGCGGCUUCAGCUGCUCCUGUCCUGCCCCCCACCACGGACGGCUCUGUGAACUGGAAGAACUGGGAGAACUGGGAGACGGAGGGCCGCCGCCCGUCGCACCGCAAUACAACCAACCAGAGGUGUCCGAGUGUCCAACUGGCGGCCCGGCGGCGUGCGACCAGCUGUGCACGGCAUCCUUCCACAGCUUCAGGUGCUCCUGCAUGUCGGGCUUCAAGCUGCAGAGCGACGGGCGGAGCUGUCAACCUGAAGCGGAGUUUCCCUGCGGACGCCUUCCGGAUGCCGCCGCCUCCACCUGUUGCCAUGGAAACUGUCCCUGGCAGGUCUCGCUGCUCAGCAGCAGGGGGGCGGGGCUCUGUGGAGGCGUGGUUAUGGGCCGGCGCUCCGUCCUCACCGCCUCCCGCUGCCUCCUGGACUCUGGGUCUGACCCCAAACCCUCCGACUUCUUCGUGCUCACCGGCAACAGGAAGAUCCUCCUCCCAGUCCGAGCUCUGUUCCUCCACAACCGUUUCCAGGCGGAUCACCAUGACAAUGACCUCGCCCUCCUCCAAUUAGACGGAGCGCUGCCCUUUGGCCCCACCCUCAUCCACCUCUGCCUGCCCACCAAGGACUUCAGCGAGAACAUCCUGAUGCAUCCUGGGAGGACCGGCAUCGCCAAGAGACUGACCUGGGACCAGAACCAGAACCAGAGCCAGAACCAGGACCUGGUCUACAUGACGCUGGACGAGUGUCGCAGGCAGAUGAACGUUUCACAUCCGCUCAGCAACAAGAUGUUCUGCAUGAAGAACCAACCCUCAGGGAACCAACACAGAACCCAACAGAGCCUAAAUGGAUCUCACAGCAGGUCACAAGUUCCUUCAGGGAACCACAAUGAGACCCAGAGACCAGGUGGACCUUCAGGGCACUGGAUCCAGAACCAAACCCAGAACGCUCAGAACGGGUCUCAUAGCCUCGGCAGAACCUCAAAGUUCCAGAACCAGGAACCCUCACCUCUUGAGCCGAGGUCCGAGGCGGGCGGGUCAUGUGACGGGCUGUUGCCGGGGACGCCGGUCGCCACAGUGGAGCGAGGGACGGCCUUCCUGACCGGGCUGCUGAUGUCAUCGUCCUCCGGCGGCUUCGUCUUCACCAAACUGUCUCGGUACCUGAACUGGAUCCAACCGAGGCUGGAGGCCGCCGAAAGUCACAUGACCUCCCAGGUCAGCCAAUACCCCAAGGUUUAGUGAGUCACAUGAUCUCCCAGGUUAGCCAAUACACCAAGGUUUAAUGAGUCACAUGACCUCCCAGGUCAGCCAAUACCCCGAGGUCCGCUGAGCCGCCACCUUCAGACUGUUUAUUUGAAGCCAACAGAGCUGAGACUAACAUCUGGGAUCAUUUUCUGGAGAACCGAUCAGCUGAUCUGAGGUUCCUCUAAGAUCUCAGAGGAACCAGAAAAUCUUCACUGAAGAUAAAAUCAUGUAAUUUAGACGUUUUAAACUGAUAAUAACCAGAAGUUUGAUCUAUGAUUGAUGAUCUGCAGGAACAUGAGGUACUCAGAUUUUUCCUUUAAGAACUUCUAUUUGAAAUGUGUAAACUUACAUUUGCUGACUUUGAAUAAAUACAUUAAAAUAAA